AGAGCUACUUUAAGUCAAGCAUAAUCAAGCUCAAGUUACGUCGCAAACAUGGGCAAGAAGAAUAGUAAGCUGAAGCAAGACACUAUCGACCGAUUGACAACGGACACCUAUUUUACCGAAAAGGAAAUUAGACAGUGGCAUAAGGGCUUUCUCAAAGACUGCCCCGAUGGAUUACUCACGGAGCAGGGCUUCAUUAAAAUUUACAAACAAUUCUUCCCGCAUGGCGAUCCCUCGAAAUUUGCUUCCCUGGUUUUUCGUGUCUUUGAUGAAAAUAACGACGGGACGAUAGAAUUCGAGGAGUUCAUUAGGGCGCUCUCUGUGACGUCGAGGGGAAACUUGGAUGAAAAGCUACAUUGGGCUUUCCGUCUCUACGAUGUCGAUAACGACGGCUUCAUCACCCGAGAUGAGAUGUACAACAUUGUCGACGCGAUCUAUCAAAUGGUGGGUCAGGCUCCACAAGCGGAAGACGAGAAUACGCCACAGAAGAGAGUCGAUAAGAUCUUCGAUCAGAUGGACAAGAAUCACGACGAUAAGCUAACUCUCGAGGAAUUCCGAGAAGGCAGCAAAGCCGAUCCACGAAUCGUCCAGGCCUUAUCGCUCGGUGGGCCGCCUAUCGACGGCUGA